UAAUGGCGGCAAGUAUGUUAUUGAAACAUGCAGCAUUUUGUUCUACAGUUAAGUCUUCUCAACAUGGGAAGUAUCCAAUAUUGUCAAGAAUCUGCAAGCUUCUCUGGCAUGACUGUGGACAUCGCACUGUCUGCUUCUCACAUCAAAAGAUGAUGUUUGACCGGCGGUAUGAUGUGAUUGUUGUUGGUGGAGGACAUGCUGGAACAGAGGCUGCAUGUGCAGCUGCAAGAAUGGGUGCUGAGACUUUAUUACUCACUCACAAAAUUGAAACUAUAGGUGCUAUGUCCUGCAACCCAUCAUUUGGUGGGAUUGGCAAAGGUCAUCUGAUGAAAGAGGUUGAUGCUUUAGAUGGAGUUUGCGCCAGAAUCUGUGAUAAAUCUGGUAUCCAGUAUAAAGUCCUAAAUCGUAAGAAGGGUCCAGCUGUGUGGGGUCCACGAGCUCAGAUUGAUAGAGCCCUCUAUAAGCAGCACAUGCAAGCAGAAGUCUUAAACACUGCUCACCUCACAGUGAUGGCAGCAGAGGUUGAGGACCUCAUUAUGGAAGAAUUCAGUGAUCCCGAAAACCGUCUGAUGAAGCAGAGGUGUCAGGGAGUUGUCUUAGCUGAUGGAACUACUGUUAGUGCAGGUGCGGUUGUUCUGACAACUGGCACAUUUUUGAGAGGAUCGAUUAAUUUUGGAUUAACAACAAGGCCUGCGGGACGUUUAGGGGAUGCACCAGCAAUAGGUCUUGCAAAGACUAUUGAAAAUGCUGGGUUUAGGAUGGGGCGCUUGAAAACAGGUACCCCUCCUAGACUAGAUGGAAGGACCAUUGAUUACUCACGUCUCCUUAAGAAAUCAGGAGAUAACCCACCAGAACCAUUUUCCUUCCUUAAUGAUACUGUAUGGAUAAAGGCGGAAGAUCAGCUUGCAUGUCAUAUGACCCAUACUGGUCCAGAGGUUGAAAAGUUUGUCAUGGAGUCAUUGCACAUGAAUCGUCAUGUAAAGGAAGAGAUACGAGGACCAAGAUACUGCCCUUCUAUUGAGUCGAAGAUCUUGAGGUUCAAAGGAAGAAGACAUCAAGUAUGGUUGGAACCAGAAGGUCUCGACACUCACGUCGUCUAUCCCAACGGCAUUUCCAUGACAAUGCCAGAGGAGUAUCAGGUGAAACUGGUGCGAUCUAUGCCUGGACUGGAGAAUGUCACACUCUUACAGACAGGAUAUGGUGUAGAGUACGACUAUAUGGACCCGCGACAGUUGAAGUCUUCUCUUGAAACGCUGAUUGUUCACAGUCUUUUCUUCGCCGGCCAGAUAAACGGCACUACUGGCUACGAAGAGGCUGCUGCCCAGGGGAUCGUGGCCGGCAUCAACGCUGCGUGCAAGGUGCUGGGUAAACCGCCUCUCAUCAUCGACCGCACGCAGGGCUACAUCGGCGUUCUCAUCGACGACCUGACGACGCAGGGCACGAGCGAGCCAUACCGCAUGUUUACCAGUAGGGCGGAGUUCCGGCUGUCACUUCGUCCGGACAAUGCCGAUGCCAGGCUGACUGAAAUCGGUUACCACAUUGGUUGUGUAAGCCAGACACGGUAUGAACGAGCGAUGGCAACUAAGGCAGCUUUGGAGGAGAAUCUCGAGCUCAUGAAGUCAAUUUCUAAACCGGUCUGGGCAUGGCGUCAAAAGCUGGGACUAGCAGACAACAACAACAGUAUUCAAAAGAGGGCGCUUGAUGUUUUGUGUCACCCUGAGGUCACGAUGGUCAAGAUGGUAGAAACGUUUCCUGACCUAUUGGGACAUCUAAAAGGUCAAACAAAAUUGAUGGAGAAACUCGAGACAGAAGCCAAAUAUCACAAUGAACUCCAAGAACAACUCGAGGAAGUUGAAGAGGUGAGAAAGGAGGAGCAACUCCAGCUGCCAGACGACCUGGACUACUACAGUUUGAAUAUGUCUUCUGACGCCAAGGCGAAACUCAGCGAAGCCAGACCAUCCUCGAUCGCCGCCGCCAGCAGGGUGCCGGGUAUCACACCAGCCGCUAUCGUCAUCCUCCUGCGUCACGUAAAGAACCGGGGUAGGCAGGGGGUACCUCCUGUCAUGCCUCCAGCUCUUGUCUAGCGCCACUUGCUACACUCACCCCUCCCCCGACUCCACCCCACUCCCUGCAUCACCACACUCUCCAUUGUUUCCCCGCCCUCACCUAUUAUUCGCUAGUGCAUUUGGUUUGUUUGUGAUGUGCGCGAUUCUCAGUGCUGUCGGUAAAACAGUCUUCGUAGCUGUACAUAUUAAAUGUUAAAAACAAAAAACAAAAAAGCAGAGAGAGAGAGAGGAAUCAUGACCAUGACGAGACCCUUGCAUUAUAAAGAUUGUAUUGCUGGCAUGCGUGAUUGUUUAUGUUUGUGUUUAGAGAACAACAAUUGCGGCGAGUGCAAUAUUAUGCUGCAUCCUGUCAGUUUGAAUACUCGGGAAUUAUUUUACGGAUAAACAGGAUAAGCACUCUUA